AUGACUGGAAUUAAGAGAAAAGCAUCUGAAUCGGAAGACCCAUCAAGUGCUGAACCAAAGAUUCAAAAGAGGGUUUCGACAAAUGAACUUGAAUCACAGGAUAAAGGGAACAUGUCUGAACACAGUGAGGAUGACAGCGGAAGUGAAAACGAUGAGGAGGAAGAAACAGAAGAGAAACAUUCAAAUACUGCAAAAAGUAGUACUACUGCAGCUCAUGAUAUUCACAUCGCCAGAGAAACGGCAGAGCUAUUCAAGUCCAAUAUUUUUAAGUUGCAAAUCGAUGAAUUAUUAGAACAAGUUAAAUUAAAAGAAUCUCAUGUCUUGAAAGUUGAAAAGUUUUUGCACAAAUUGUAUGAUAUGAUACAACAAGUUCCUGACUGGGAAGAACAUUCCAUCACAGAGGUGGAGUCAUUUUUUAAAGGAAAAAUUGUAUCUGUCCCAUUUGUUGACCCCAAACCCAUGGCUGCAACAACCAAUUACAAAUUUGACUAUAAAGCCCCAUCUGUGUCACUGAUUGGAUCAUUUGCCUUAAAAACCGGCAUAUAUCAACCACAUGGAUCAGCAAUUGAUGUUCUCUUGACCAUGCCAGAGUCAUUGUUCGAAAAGAAAGAUUUUUUAAAUUUCAGAGCAUUACAUAAAAGAAGUGUUUAUUUGGCCUACUUGACCCACUAUCUGUCCAUAUCAUUCAAGAAGGAAAAAUUAGAUCAGUACAUUUCUUUAGAAUAUUCCUACUUCAACAAUGACCCUCUGUUGCCUAUAGUUACCAUAUCAUGUAAGAAGGCACCUUCCCACCAAAACGAAGAAUACAAUUUCUACAAGACUAGGUUUUCCAUAAAUUUAAUUAUUGGUUUCCCUCAUAAGAUAUUUGAUGCUAAAAAAUUGUUACCUAACAAAAAUUGUAUCAGAAUAGCGCACGACGACUCUGUGUCUGAAUUACCUGUUACUCCAUUAUACAAUUUUGCAAUUCUCUCUUCGACAACGUAUGAAGUCUAUCUAAAAUAUCUUUACAAGACUAAAAAGCAAACAAUUGCCUUCAAAGAGGCAGCUGUUUUAGGGAGACUAUGGCUACAGCAGCGUGGAUUUUCCUCUCAGUCAGCACAUUCCGGGUCCUUAGGUGGCUUUGGGACAUUUGAAUUCACUACCUUGAUGGCUACAUUAUUGAAUGGUGGUGGUGUCAAUGGUAAUAAAAUUUUGCUUCAUGGAUUUUCCUCUUAUCAAUUAUUCAAAGGUGUUAUUAAAUAUCUAGCAACAAUGGACUUGUGUACUGACGGUCAUUUACAAUUUAGUUCUGAAGAUGAGAAUCAUUCCUCCAAGUAUAUCGAAGAGGGAUUUCAAGCGCCUACACUCUUUGAUAAAUCAACCAAAGUUAACAUUCUUUCCAAAAUGACCAAUGUUUCCUAUCAAGCAUUGAAGAUGUAUGCUAAGGAGACAUUAACAAUGUUAAACAACGUGGUUCAAGAUCAAUUUUCAAAUAUUUUCCUAACUAAUAUUAGCAGGACGGAUAACUUGAAAUACGAUCAUUGCUUUGACCUAUUGUUUCCGCUUGGCACUGUUGGUAAUAGUGAUUCAUUCCUAUCAUCUAAUUUUGGUCCAUUGGAAAGAAUAAAGUUUAUUACGAUUGAGAAUUUCAUUGUGAAUAAAAUAACAAAUGUUGUGAAAAUCGCGUUGGGUGACAGAAUCAACUUGAUUGAAGUUAAGUUGCAAAAUGUAGUCACAACUUUUCCAAUUUCAAGAAGAAAAGUACAUUCAAGUAGUGGGGGGAAUAAUUUCAAUUUUGAGUUUAUAAAAUUGAAAUUAUUAGUUAAUCCAGACGAGUCUGAGAAAUUGGUUACUAAGGGACCAGCUCAUUCUGAAGAAGCUACACCGGAAGCAAUCUUCUUUAAAAGCUUUUGGGGACCAAAGUCUUCCCUUCGUCGUUUCAAAGAUGGUUCCAUUACACAUUGUUGUGUCUGGUCAACCUCAUCAUCAGAACCUAUUAUUUCUUCUAUCUUGAAUUUUGCUUUGAAAAAGCAUGUUUCAGAAAAAAUGCAGAUUAAUAAUACAAUAACCAAAGAAUUUCAAGACUUGUUACCAUUACCUAAUUUACCAGCAAGUUCUACAACAUCUGUUUUGAAUUUAACGAGUUUCUACAACUUGAAGAAAUCGUUUGAUAACUUGUAUAAGGUAGUAUUCAAGAUGACCUUACCAUUAUCUAUAAAAUCUAUUUUACCAGUGGGCCCUGCAUUUAGAUAUACUUCAUUAUGCCAACCGGUACCUUUUGCAUAUUCUGAUCCUGAUUUCUUCCAAGAUGUUAUUUUGGAAUUUGAAACGUCUCCUAAAUGGCCAGAUGAAAUAACAUCCCUCGAGAAAGCAAAGACUGCUUUCCUAUUAAAGAUCCAAGAAGCUCUAGAUUCUGAUGAUAGCAAUCAAUACAAGGCAUUUUUCACUAGGGAUGAAUCCAUUCCAUAUAAUCUUGAAAUCGUUACUCUAAACAUUCUGACACCAGAAGGUUUUGGAUUCAAACUUAGAGUUUUGACCGAACGUGAUGAAGUCUUAUAUCUAAGAGCUAUUUCUAACGCCAGAAAUGAAAUGAAACCGGAAUUAGAGAAGACUUUUCUAAAGUUUACAUCCAAGUACUUGGCAUCCAUUAGACAUACAAGAACAAUUGAGAAUAUUUCCCAUGCUUACCACUUCUAUUCUCCAGUAGUAAGACUCUUCAAAAAAUGGUUAGAUACACAUUUAUUAUUGGGACAUUUGAAUGAUGAGUUAGUUGAAUUAAUUGCUAUGAAACCAUUUGUAGAACAUGCUCCAUACAAUAUCCCAGGGUCUGUAGAAAAUGGUUUCCUAAAAAUAUUGAAAUUUAUUUCUCAAUGGAAUUGGAAGGAGGAUCCAUUAAUUUUGGAUUUGGUAAAACCAGAUGAUGAAUUAGAAUCUUCAUUUGAGACUAGUAUCGGUGGUACUGAUUUAGACUCGAAAACAAUGAAGAAGUUAUCUGAAAAAUUAACAUUAGCGCAAUACAAGGGCAUUCAGACAAACUUCAACAAUAUGAGAAGUAGUGAUCCAAAUGGUAUUCAUUUGCAAUUUUUUGUUGCUUCUAAGAACGAUCCAAGUGGUAUAUUAUACUCAAGCGGUAUUCCAUUAGCUAUUGCAACCAGACUUACAGCACUAGCAAAGGUGGCUGUAAACCUAUUACAAACACAUGGUAUUAAUGGUCAGACAAUUGGAUUAUUAUUUACUCCUGGUUUGAAAGAUUACGACUUCGUUGUUCAUUUGAAGACUCCAACCCCAUUGAAAUCUUCUUCUGGUAUACUAGAUUUUUCUGAAUUCAAAAAUAUAACAAAUGCUGAUGCUCCUUCCAAGUUCCCAUCAGAUCUAAGUACAUUAUCUGAAAAGAUGGACCCAACUUACCAAUUGGUGAAAUAUCUUAAUAUGAAAUACAAGAAUAGCCUUAUAUUUUCCAGUCAUAGAUAUAUAGGUGUAACAGGAGGUAAUAAAGGUGAUAAGAACGUAAUCACUGGGCUAAUAAAACCACUAUUCAAGAAACAACACAAAUUUAAAGUUAACUUGGAUUGUAAUAUGAAACCAAUCGAUAGUGAAAAUGUCAUUUUGAAUAAAGAUGCUAUAUUCCGUGAGAUUGCUGCAUUUGGUUCUGCAUUGGUCGAGGAUUUCGAAAUUAAUUGA